CUUAAAUAUAUGUGUCGUACUCUUUGGUUUUAGCAUUACGCAAACUCUCUGGUUUGAAUAUAUACUCUGAUCCCUGGUGUGGUCGUUAGUGGUCACCUCAAAGAGUAUCACCUUGCUCUACUUGCUCUAUCUCUGCACGUGGCGUCGAGCAAGCGUUGUUUUGAGUUGAGGGAUUUUGUUGAGUAGUUUUCAGUUUUGUAUAUCUGUAAUAAUUUCAUUGAAGUUCUCGUAGUCGAAACAGGAUGGCAGAUAACGGAGAAGUCGAGGGAAAAGAAAUAACUUACGAUGAGAAAUUAAGCUGGGUUAAUGAAAUUGCCAAACCAAUUGCUACAAAACAUGUUGCCAAGAAAAUAUACAAAGUAGUUAAAAAAGCUUCGAAAAACAAGAAGAACCUUAUGGUCGGAAUAAAAUUGGUUCAGAAAGCACUCCGAAAAAAUCAGAAAGGAAUGGUCAUCUUUGCUGGAGAUGUGACGCCAAUUGAAAUAAUGUGUCAUCUACCUGGAAUGUGUGAAGAGCGUGACAUUCCAUAUUGUUAUGUUCCAUCAAAAUUAGAUUUGGGAGCUGCCAUGGGAUGUGGAGAGAGGGCAUGUGUAGUCAUGAUGAUCAGUGAUAAUCCGGAGUAUAAGGAUUCUUAUGAUGAACUUAAAGAGCAGAUAAAAGUUCUUCCAUAUCCAUUGUAGUGUAAUAGUGAACACGUGAUAAUGAACAUCCAGGAAUGGAGAACAUUUGAGCCAAAUUACAAUUGAUGACCCUUUGUUCUUUGUUCAUUUGGUGUGUUGUGUUCAUGUUUUGAGUGAAUGUAUUCUUACUUCAAUUAGUGUUCAUUUUCUGUUAUCAGUGUGUAUAAAUUUCAUACAUUUGGUUUAAUCUUUAGAGAUUGAAUUAAUGAGCAUAAUUAGAAAGUCUGAUGUUACUGCUUCAGGCCAUGAGAAUUUUAUUGAUAUUUGAAUGCUGUUGAGUAUAUUGAGUAAUUGUGAAGUGGAAAAAAAUAUAUUGAAUCAUUCCAAACUUUUUCAUUUGUUUUUUGGCACAGGAUUCCCCUUUUCAAUGUCGUUAUUUUAAUAGUUCGUAUGUCUCAAAGCUAUUUCAUGAUAGAGUUAAAUUUCAUUUGAAGUCAUUCUGUUAUUACAGGAAGUAAUGAAUGUUUAUUUUCUUAAAUCGUAUUGCUAAGGUGUUUUAGCAUUUUGAAUGUGAAAAAAAAAAAUGUGUUAAGAGGAGAAAUAAGAUUUAGUAUAAGUGAUUUAAAUUGUAGUUGUUGAAAAUUAAAUAUUCUAUUCCUUGGUAAUGUGAACUUCUAAAAUAGCAAAUCUGAGUUGGAAAUAGUUGAUUAUUUUGAAGUUACAGCAUUGAAAAAGUUUUUGUUUUUCACAAAAGUUCCAUAUUUGAAAAAGUAUAGAUUUUUAUGAACUUAUAUUAUAGACUUGGUAUUGUAUCUGAAAUGAAGGGUGAUGUUAAAUUAUAAUUAUAUAGGUAAUGGGAAGUUAAUGGUGUCACAUUUUAUUUGAAUCAAUGAAUUGAUUAUUUCAGUUAUUGUUCAUGGUAGAAAUCUUUUAUAACCAACACAAUUUUACAACCUACUUGUUCUAACACUGGUGUGCAGCAUGUCACUACUCAUCCAACAUACUGCAUGUGUGAGGGUCUUUCAGACCUCGCUCUUGCGGCAUGGUUCGCACCUUGACACUCACUCCAGCGCUCAUCAACCACUUUCCUUUUUAAGAUUUCUUUUAAAGGGAAUAGUAUUGUACUGACCUGUUACAUUAACAUACUGCAACAAAUCUACACUUACCCUGCAAAGCCCCAUGAACAAUUGCAAAAACUACUAGACAUCUCCCAAGUAACAUAGUUUUAUAUAUUUAUAUUUCACAUCUGGCUUUGAUUUCAAUUUACAAGCAAUAAUGUAUCAUAAAAGGUACCAAAGAAACUGACACCGUAAACUUCCGAUUAACCGGUAUGUCAAAAGUACAAUGUAUGUUGGCAUGUUUGUUUUACAUACCAAUAUAGUUUAAACCUCCGGCAGGUGCAGCAGUGAUUGCUGCAUCAAAUUCAGAUUGCCAGUCCCAACCUUGCCAGAGGGUUAAAACUUGAGAGGAAGUUGUGUAACAGUCAUAACAAUUUAUGAUUCACCUCUACAAAUAUCUUAAAUUUUCUUCAAGUUUGUUUUACGAAUUUGAUAUUCAAGGUGGUGUUUGUUUAUAAAAGUAUUUGUGUGAAUUUUCUUCCUUUUGUCCUUUUGAAGUGGAAGCCAGAGACCA